AUGCACGACAAGUUGGUCAUAAUAGGCUCCGGCCCUGCCGGCCAUACCGCAGCCAUCUACGCCGCCCGCGCAGACCUCAAACCGAAGAUGUACGAAGGUUUCCUCGCUCUGGGAAUUGCAGCCGGCGGCCAACUCACUACCACCGACGAGGUGGAGAACUUCCCAGGCUUUAAGAUUAUCAAGGGAACUACCCUCAUGGACCAGAUGAGGGCCCAGAGCGAAGAGUGCGGAACGGAGAUUGUGUCGCAGACCGUCGGGAAGGUGGACUUGAGUUCGAGGCCGUUCAAGUAUUGGUUGCAUCCAAUGGGCGAUGAUGACAAUUUGGAGGAGGAAACACACACUGCCGAUGCGAUCAUCAUUGCUACGGGGGCUAAGGCUAGGAGGUUGGAAUUGCCUGGCGAGGACAAAUACUGGGGCAAUGGAGUCAGUGCUUGUGCGGUGUGUGAUGGCUCUCUUCCCAUAUUCAGGGAGAAGCCUUUAGUGGUGAUUGGAGGUGGAGACUCCGCUGUGGAGGAAUCGCUGUACUUGACGAAGAAGGCGAGCAAAGUCACGGUCUUGGUGAGACGGGAUCAAUUGAGAGCCAGCAAGACCAACGCGAGGAGACUGCAGAACAACCCCAAGGUGGAGAUUAAGUGGAAUACUCAAGGAGUGGAGAUCAAGGGCGAUGAGGGUCCGAGAGGGCUCAUGAAGAGCAUGGUCAUCAAGAACAUCAAGACUGGCGAGCAGGAGGAAAUUCCCGCGAAUGGACUCUUCUAUGCUGUGGGACACGAACCUGCGACGCAGCUAUUCAAGGGCCAGCUCAAGACGGACGAGGAUGGAUACCUCCUUACCACGCCGGGCACGACGGAGACGAGCGUGCCUGGUGUUUUCGCUGCCGGAGAUGUUCAGGAUAAGAAGUAUCGUCAGGCAGUGACUUCAGCAGGUGUGUCACAUACUUCUAGAGCUGCCGUAUCUCGGUUAUUUGCUAACACGUUCCGCAAGGCUCUGGCUGCAUGGCCGCCCUCGAAGCCGAAAAGUGGCUUGCCGAGAACGAAGACGAAGUUCCCAACGGUGUCGAAGCCGACAACGAAGUUAAGAAGGGUCAGAAUGGCGAGGCGCCGGAAUACAGAUCUAACCCGCUGCUGUAA